AUGGCCUCCACAAAGUCUGUCGCCAGGCUUCUGGCCUAUUCCCGCCCAUCGCCUUUCGCUCUCCGUCCUACCCCCAUCGGCUCCAUCGCAAACUUCUCCUCCUCAGUCGCCCGCGCAGCUACGCCAGCUGGUCCUCCCCAACCGGGCUUCCGCUUGCCUCCUCCGCAGAAAUGGGACCAGUCCACUGAGUCUGCCCUCGACAAGGCCACCAAGUACUUCCUCAUGGCCGAGCUGAUGCGCGGCAUGUACGUCGUGCUGGAGCAGUUCUUCAGACCUCCUUACACCAUCAUGUACCCUUUCGAGAAGGGUCCCAUCUCCCCUCGUUUCCGCGGUGAGCACGCCCUGCGUCGCUACCCCACCGGUGAGGAGCGGUGCAUUGCCUGCAAGCUCUGUGAGGCCAUCUGCCCGGCCCAGGCCAUCACCAUUGAAGCCGAGGAGCGUGAGGACGGAAGCCGUCGGACGACCCGUUAUGAUAUCGAUAUGACCAAGUGCAUCUACUGUGGCUACUGCCAGGAGAGUUGCCCCGUUGACGCUAUCGUUGAGACCUCCAACGCUGAAUACGCCACUGAGACCCGUGAGGAGCUGCUGUACAACAAGGAGAAGCUCCUUGCCAAUGGUGACAAGUGGGAGCCGGAGAUUGCCGCUGCCGCCAGAGCUGAUGCUCCUUACCGUUAA